AUGUACGGCCCAGCGUAUAUAACAUUGAAUUUGUCCCUCAACCCAACACCUGUCAAGGUUGACCAGCUGGUCUGGUCGACAUGUUUCAGAACCCAUUCAGCUGUCGCUGACCACACGUUCACACUUCUUGGUGCUGCUAUUUUCCUAGUCAGUGAUGCAGCCCACAUACAUUCGCCUGCAGGGGUCCAGGGCAUGAACCUGGCCAUCAGGGAUGUGAUCUUCUUUACAGAAGCCAUCACAAAGCACAUUCAAACGCUUGCAGGAGAUUCCGAUGUGGAUGAUACCAUUUUGCAGGAAUGUGCGUCAUGGGCGAGUGCUGGAAACCAUCAGCUUCACCAGGAAGCUUUGGGAGCUUGUAAGCCUUACGCACAAUGUGUAUGUGUGGUGGAUGCCGUUCAGUCCGGCCUCUAUCCACGAUCUGAUGUUGAGGAUAUUGGGCAGAUUUGAUUUUGUGUGAUCAAGUGUUGCAUGGAGCUUGUGUGGGCUUGGAAGACGAUAAUCGUGUAUUUUUAGGUAG